GUGGCGCAGGGUGGGGGCGCCGCGGGAGCCGCUCCCUCCUUGCCCAGCCCGGCCCGGCAGAGGAGGAGGGCGUAGAGCGCAGACAUGGCGGCCAACAUGUACCGAGUGGGAGAUUAUGUUUAUUUUGAAAAUUCUUCCAGCAAUCCAUAUCUCAUUAGGAGAAUUGAAGAACUUAACAAGACUGCCAAUGGAAAUGUGGAAGCAAAAGUGGUGUGUUUUUACAGGCGAAGAGAUAUUUCCAACAGCCUAAUAAUGCUUGCAGAUAAGCAUGCUAAAGAAGUUGAAGAAGAGUCUGAAACUACAAUUGAGCUUGAUUUGACUGAUAAACAGAAACAUCAGUUGAAGCACAGAGAGCUCUUCCUUUCUCGCCAGUAUGAGUCCCUUCCGGCAACCCAUAUCAGGGGAAAAUGCAGUGUUGCACUUCUCAACGAGACAGAAUCUGUGCUGUCAUAUCUGGAGAAAGAGGAUACUUUUUUUUAUUCACUGGUAUAUGAUCCAUCACUGAAAACACUUUUAGCAGACAAGGGAGAAAUCAGAGUGGGACCUAGAUAUCAAGCAGAUGUGCCAGACAUGCUUGCAGAAGGAGAAUUAGAUGACAGAGAACAGGCAAAGCUGGAAGUAAAAGUAUGGGAUCCAGAUAGUCCCCUUACUGACCGUCAGAUUGACCAGUUUUUAGUUGUAGCACGUGCGGUUGGCACGUUUGCUCGAGCAUUGGACUGCAGUAGUUCUGUCAGACAACCUAGUUUACACAUGAGUGCAGCUGCUGCUUCCCGAGACAUCACACUGUUUCAUGCAAUGGAUACCCUGCAUAAACACAACUAUGAUUUGAGCAGUGCCAUCAGUGUUCUCGUGCCACUUGGAGGGCCUGUCUUGUGUAGAGAUGAAAUGGAAGAGUGGUCAGCAUCUGAAGCUAGUUUAUUUGAAGAGGCAUUGGAAAAGUAUGGCAAAGACUUCAAUGACAUUCGACAAGACUUUCUCCCUUGGAAGUCUUUGACGAGCAUCAUUGAGUAUUAUUACAUGUGGAAAACCACUGACAGAUACGUGCAGCAGAAACGUCUGAAAGCGGCUGAAGCAGAAAGUAAAUUGAAGCAAGUAUACAUCCCCACCUACAAUAAACCAAAUCCCAAUCAAAUAUCGAGCAACAAUGGGAAACCUGCUGCAGUCAAUGGAGCAAUGGGAGCCUCUUACCAGGCACAAGCCUCACUGAUCGGUCGGGCUUGCGAAAGCUGCUAUACUCCACAAUCUCACCAAUGGUAUUCUUGGGGUCCUCCUAAUAUGCAGUGUAGACUGUGUGCAUCUUGCUGGAUUUAUUGGAAGAAAUAUGGUGGCCUGAAAAUGCCCACACAGACAGAUGAAGAUAAACUCUCUUCCAGCCAACCUGCAGAGGAAACCCAUGUUAGAACUCACAUGUCCCGGCAGGCCACGCAGGGGAUUCCAGUUCGUAAUACUGGAAGUCCAAAGUCGGCGGUUAAAACACGUCAAGCUUUCUUUCUUCACACAACAUGUUGGACAAAACUGGCCCGUCAGGUCUGCAAAAAUACCCUCCGGCUGCGGCAGGCAGCAAGACGUCCCUUUGUCCCUAUUAACUGUGCUGCCAUUAAGGCGGAAUAUGCAGAUCGACAUUGUGAACUUGCUGGAAAUCCUCUGAAGAUAAAAAGCACCAGAAAACCACUGUCAUGUAUCAUUGGGUAUUUAGAGAUUCAUCCUGCAGUGAAACCCAAUGUAAUCAGGUCAACACCAAGCCUUCAAAGUCCAAGUGCAAAACGACUGCUUGCACCCUCCAGUCACUCUUCAUUAAGUAUUUUGGGAAAAAGAAACUACAGCCAUCAUAAUGGUCUUGAUGAAUCAUCCAGCCAUACAACAAGAACAAUAAUGCAUGCUGCUCCCUAUGUUCAUAUGACUAAUGGUAAGGCCUUGCAAGCCAGUGCAAGUGCCAUUAAGACAAGCACCAUUCCAGUGAUCAAGAGACAGAGGCAAAAUUGGCUUGAUGCUUCAGAUGAUGGUUUCUUUAUAGCUACAGAAGAGACCAGAAAAAUCCGUAAGAAGUUCACCAGAUCACAGCUGAAAAGAGCUUCCAGAACACCUUGUUCUCCCAUCAUUGCAAAGAUAAAAUCUCUCAUGAAAAAUAGUCAGGCACGAACAGAGCCAGGAACCAUCAUACACUGAAGAUAUAACAUCAUCAGCACCGUAAUCAUGUCAGAAUCAUGUUUAAUUGUGAAUGCAGAUACAACAGGACCCUCUACAUCUUUUGAGACGGGAACACUGUAUGGACAGAUUGUGGCUGGGUUCUGUGUUCUGAGCAGGAUCCAACAGCAGCCCUUGUUUUCCCUCACCUCUGCAAGGGCUACUUCUGGUUCACUGCGUAGGCCUAUCUCACAUUGUCCUGCUGUUCCCUCCAUUCCUGGUCAUCUGUGUUGACUGAUUAGGAAGGGACUGUUUGCACUGGCCACUUUGAACGAGUAUGGAUGCAGAGUCUACCCACUACAUUUGUCUAUACCUUCUAGUGGCUUGAUACAAGAAAUAUGCAGCUUUUGAAAAUACUGCAGUGUCUUUAAGGCCAGAUUUAGCCUCGAGGGGCUUGCAUUUUCAAAAACAGCUGCAAGCUUCGGG